AUGUUUAAGUACAAAGUUUUACAAUGUUUAUAUAAGAAUAUAGUCAGGAUUCCAAAGGAUUUCACAACAAAAUCAAAUUUUACCCACGAGUAUGAGUUGAUCUUUCACAGCACAUCAGAUAGCAACCAUGAAAAUGAAAUAAACAAAGAAAAUAACAAAAAAUGGGAUAUAAAACUACUAUUUGAAUCGAUAAUACAUUCCAAUAUUGACGCUUAUUCUCCUUAUGAUAGCGCAUUGUUUUUCCACUCACUGGAUUUGGUUUAUAAGAAGGGACAAAAGGUCGACACUAAGAGUGAUAAAUUAUACAUUAGGGCCAGGGAUUUACUGCUAAGGGAUAUGGCAAAAUAUCGCAAUGAAUUAAUCCCAUAUUUCUUUGAUAAACUGUCAACUGUAAAAGAUACCAAUGGAUUAGCAAAUUAUAUAGAAAGUAUAGACACUAAAUCAAUUGAAAACACCAGUCCCUCUGUACUUUGUGAUAUUGUUAUAAAAUUGACAAGGACAUUCAGACAAACAAAAUCAGCAGCUUCACUUGAAAACGUACUGAAUUCGGAAUUCUUCAAAUGCGUAAUAUCUAAACUAUCGCAUUCAUCAUCAAUGUUGAAUAACUCUAGUGAGUUGAAAAACCAAUUUAACCCGCAAAACAUGUUCAAAGUUAUUUAUGGUUUGGCAAAACUGGGCUAUAUAACUGAUAACUCUAUUAGAUUGUUGCACAAUCUAAUUCCUAUUGUUAUUAGACACAUAGAAGGCGAAUGCCCCUGGGAUUCAAAGACAGUGUUAAGAAUGGGAUGGGCUUACCAUAAGUUUGAGAUGAUCGACAGGAAUCUAUUCGCCAAGAUUGCGAAUUUGAUAUUGGCAUGCCUUGAUGAUUUUGACUACAGAGAGAUUGGGUUGAUCCAGGAUAUAUACACUAGGGAUGAUAUAUGGAACGAAAGAUUGCUAAUGUUGACAAAAUCACGCUUGCAUACAUUUUUAAAAUACGGAGCUUAUUCUGGUCAAAUAUAUAAAUAA